UUUUGUGGAAAAGCUGACCAAGAAGUCUCCGUUAUCAUCAAUUGGAUAUGGAUGAAACUAAUAAGGACCCAACAACUUCCCUUCAGAAUUCCAUACACCCAAUUUCUCAGUUUCACUCUCUCCCGUCUCCUCUGUUUCUCAGUAAUGGAUCCUGAUCCUGCUUAUCAGAAAAUAGGACUCAUAGAAAACAACUUGAAAGCUUUUUGCAAGCUAGAUUGUGAUUCUAAUAUUAAUAUCGAUGGCAAGUGCAAUGGUGCUUGCUUCCAAAUCUGCCCUGCUAUUUGUAAAACCUUUCGUUUUAAUGGAAUUUCAUUUCCUCCUUUCUUCGGAUCACAAUUCCCACCGCCACCGCCGCCGCCGCCGCCACCAAUAACUAUAACUCUGCCGAAUCCGAUGAAUGAUGCUCAAAAGCAUCUAAUCGCAACUGCUAUGAUCGUCCUGGGUUGUUUGAUUGGUUUUGCAUUUCUCAUUUGUUUCAUCUGCGCAAUUUUAAGAGCUCGCUACACAAGGCAGCGACGUUCAAGAAGUCCGCCUGUAUUUUUUGGUACCCAAGAAGAUUUUCUUGAUGAAGAUCAAGGACCAGAAAUCAACCACCCCAUAUGGUUCAUCAACACCGUCGGUCUACAGCAAUCCAUCAUUGAUUCGAUUGCGGUGUUUAAGUAUAAAAAAGGUGAAGGGCUUAUAGAAGGAACAGAGUGCUCUGUUUGCUUGAAUGAGUUUCAGGAAGAUGAGAGUCUUAGAUUCUUGCCAAAGUGUAGUCAUGCUUUUCACAUACCUUGUAUUGAUACUUGGUUAAGGUCACACAAGAAUUGCCCCCUAUGUCGUGCCCCAAUAGUAUGCGACAAUUUCGAUAUUCAGGUUGAUUUAUCAAUGCCUGCUUCAAGUGAUCUGAGUUCAAGGAGAGAAACCCAGAUGGAGAAUUCUGAGGAUAACGGCGGAUUAGUAAGCAAUCUGGUCGGAGAGGAUGGAACUAGUGAAGUGAGAAAUGGAGAAGAUAUGAAUUUUGCUUUAACAAUUGAUGAUGAAGGAAAUUCAGGAAACUCCAAGAUGAGUCAGAAUCUUUCUCUUUUGAGGAAUCAUUGGCGGGUACAAAGUGAUUUAGUUGGCAGUUUACAUACAGCAGAUACAGAAAGGCAACCUAUGAGUUUGUCUGUGUCAACGGAUUCCUCUUCUACUGUAGCAAUUUACGAUAACUUGGCUAAUGUUGUUCCACAUGAAGACAACUUGGAUGCUCAAAUCUUGAAACACAAGUACUGUAAAUCGAAGAAUGUCUCAAAGAGUGGAAGUACUGGGAAUUUAAGCUUUGGGAAACUGAAGAAAAGUUCAUCAAUAGGGCAUGCAUUACAGAAGGGUCCAAUUUCAAUGAAAAGGUCAUUUUCGUCUAGUGGGAAGUCAUCAUCAUCCAGACAUGGCAGAAGCCAGGAUUCUGUCUUUCCUCCGUGAGCAUAAAGCUUUGUUUUUUUUUUUGCAGGGAUGCCUCAUGCUUCAGGUUAGUUAACUGCAGAAUCAAGAAUUAUAGACAUUCUUCAGUGAUGAGUUUGCACCAAGUACAUAAGAAAAUCAUGAGAUAAACGAUAGGAGGCUUGCUUUAAAAACGAACCUUUCAAGGAUCCUAAAUGCUUGUAGUGAAAGAUGCAUUAUAAAUUAUAAAAGGAACUUAUUGUUGGGAAAUUACAAAGUUCAUGAUUUCCUUCUUUUUGUCUAUCAGGAAGCUACUACAAACUAAGGCUCUUCUUGCACUAAAAAAAUAUUUUUUAGGAAAGCAUUUUCCACCAUUUUUUUAUGAAAAUUAAUUAAUAAAAAAUAUUUUUUUAAUU